AUGGAGGAGACGCCACUAAUAAUCGACAAUGGCUCGUAUGAAAUCAAAUUUGGGCUUGCUGGUGCUGAUGAGCCCUACAGAGCUUUAAACGCUAUCGCGAGAGAUAAGUAUGGCAAUUUUCAUCUUUCGAACCAAAUCAAUUCAAUCAAAGACAUCUCAUCGGUAUCAUUCAAGAGGCCACAUGAACUAGGUCAGCUAGUAUCAUGGGAGCUUGAGAGUCAAAUUUGGGACUACUGCUUUUACAAUCCCGACGAGUUUUAUGGAUGGACCAUGGACUCUACCAGAGGGAAACACUUGGUGGCCUCUGAAUCGUGUAUGACCAUGCCUGAGCUGAGCAAGAACAUGGAUCAAGUAGUUUUUGAAGAAUGCGAGUUCGCCACAAUGUUCAAGGCUCCUGUACCCACCUUUGUACCCUUUGCUGUCAACGAUGCGACGGCACAUGUCUUACAAGCCAAAAGUGAUAACGACAGCGAUAAUAGCAGCGAGAAGAACCCACAGAUAGUGGAAGAAGAUUCAAAAGCAGACAAAAACUACAAGGAUUUCGAAUUGGUCAUAGACUCCGGAUUCAAUUGUACGUGGAUCGUACCGGUAAUCAAAGGAGUUCCGUACUACAAGGCCGUCAAGAAACUAGACAUUGGGGGUCGUUUUUUAAACGGCUUCUUGCGAGAGACGCUUUCAUUUCGCCACUACAACGUCAUGGAUGAGACUAUUCUGGUCAAUAACAUAAAGGAAACCUGUCUUUUCAUGAGCCCGAACUCGUAUUUCGACAGCUUCCAGUCAAAGCUCAAAACAGCAAAAGAAUAUGUGCUUCCGGAUUUCAAUACCAGCUUCAAGGGCUAUGUCAGACAACCAGGGCAAAAAAUACCGGAAGACUCGCAAACUAUUGUUUUGCAAGACGAGUUGUUUUCCGUUCCAGAGACGUUUUUACACCCUGAAAUUGCAUCGUUGCUGAGUCCCGGAAUAAUUGAAACAAUACUGGAGAGUGUCUCGAUGCUUCCUGAGGCCCUUCGCCCGCUGAUGAUCAGUAACAUUGUGGUGACUGGGGGAAAUUUUAACAUUCCAAAUUUUGCUUCGCGACUGGCGACCGAAUUACAAAGACAAUGUCCAACAGACUGGUCUUGUCGAUUGUUUGUUCCUCGUGGCGACAAGACUACUUACGGAUGGCACUGCAUGAAACAGUUUUCCAGCACUCAAAGUUAUCUGGAUUCGCGGGUAACGAGGGACGAAUAUUACGAACACGGCGUAGAGUGGUGCACGGCAAAAAGGUUCGGCUACCAGGCCUGGCUGUAG